UGAUAGAGAUGAGAAUGAUGUGGUUUUGGGUACUGUUUGUUUUAGCAACUGAGUGCUACGGGUGCUUGGAGCAAGAAAGGAUUGCUCUUUUGCAACUAAAAGCUUCCAUCAACAACCCAUAUGGCGAUAGGCUUACAACGUGGGAGGAGGCUUUUGUUGGUGGCAAAGUGACCUCUGACUGUUGUGAAUGGGAAGGAGUCAAAUGCAAUCCCGCAACAGGGCGAGUGAUCCAACUUUCACUCAAUUCAACACGGGCAUGGGACUUACAUUGGUAUCUGAAUGCCUCCAUGUUUCUUCCAUUUGAAGAACUUGAAAGUCUGGACUUAUCAUGGAAUUUCUUAGUGGGCUGUCUUGAGAAUGAAGGUUUUGAGAAGCUGGCAAUGCUUUGCAGCCUGGAGAAUCUGGAUUUGACCGAUAACAUCUUCAACAACAGCAUCCUAUCAACUUUGGGUGGGCUGACAUCUCUGAAGUCUCUGUAUCUAGGCUAUAACGGGUUGAUGGGAACUAUCCAUGUUGAUGAUCUCAAACAUUUGAAAAACUUGGAGAAGUUGGAUAUCAGCAAUAAUGAGCUUGAUAGUUUCGUCACUCAUUCAGGUUUUCAAAGAGAAUAUGUGUUGGGAAAGAUCAAGGUACUUGAUUUGGAAUUCAAUUUGUUCAAUAGCAGCAUUUUACCAUCCCUUGGUGUGCUUUCAUCACUCAAGACUAUAAACCUAAGGAGCAACAAUAUGAGUGGAUCACUGCACCGGGGAGGUAAAAAUCAAAUUCUGACCUUAAAUUGAACAAUAAAAUGAGCUUAGAAAGAA